AUGGCUUUUGCACGAUCAGCAAGUGGACCAGCUGGUCUGAGCAUCAACACAGGAGCGGCUAACACAUUGCCCGCUCUGGUGGAAUUUGCUGACUUUUGCCUCUGUUCAAUCUUCCCUAGUGGAAGCAACUCCUCAAGUCAGCCUCCAGCAGCUGGCGGUCUCUUUGGCGCAGCGAGCGCAACACAGCCUACCGCGCAGUCGAAUAGUCUCUUUGGCAACACGACGACCACCUCCCAACCAGCACAGGCCACUUCUCUCUUCGGCACCUCAACGAAUACAGCCCAACAACAAACAGGCGGUGGCGGCCUUUUUGGGUCCAGCAUGGCAACACCAAAACCUGGUGGCCUGUUUGGGGGCUCGACGACGGCCACAGGCGGCGGAGGUGGACUCUUUGGCCAGACAGCAAACGCCACUCAACAGCCAGCGCAGACUGGCACGUCGUUGUUCGGGUCGACUGCAACACAGCAGCCUGCAGCAGGAAACACAGGCGGCGGACUCUUUGGUCAACCAAAGCCUGCGGGCUCGCUGUUUGGCGGUUCGACGAUGGCCAACGCAGGACAAACGGGCAUGAACGGUGGUUUGUUUGGCCAGCAGCAAGCAGCCCCAGCCGCGGGAGGAGGUCUGUUUGGCCAAUCUGCCGCUGCUCCUACAAAGAGCUUGUUCUCCUCCCUCAACCAACCGCCCGCGAUCCCUCAACAGCCCGCCAUGCCUGCCCUAGGCUCGACCAUGGGACCACAAGUCAUCCCUGGCGUGCGCAUUGACAUCUCGAACCUCCGAAACACCACACGCUUCAACGACCUCCAGGAGGACCUGCAGAGGGAGAUUGCUGCCAUGGACGCCUUUAUCCAGAGCUGCAUGGCACAAAAGGACCAGGUGGAUGCCUUCAUCCCGCAACACGAGAAACAGCUCGAGUCGAUACCAGAUGAUGUGCGUUUCGUGUCGCGCAAGUACGCCGCCGUCGACUCCGCCCUUGGCGCAGACCUGCAGACCAUCAAGCAGAUGCGUGACCAGGUGAAGGGGGAUGCAGAGGAGGCCAAGCUGAGCUUCCUCGCGGCAAACAACCUCGCUCUUCCGAGCCAGUAUCACGUGUCGCCCAGCUUCUUCGCUUCGUCAUCCCGAGCACAGCAGGAGCAGCAGGGCAGCGGGUCAAAUGCGAAUGGUGAUGGGUCGCAGACAGCGUCGGAGGAUCUGGUUGGCUACUUCUCGCGGGCGACGGACGAGAUGGACGAGCAGAUCAAGAAGCUGCAAGGGACUGUCAAGGAGAUCGACGCACACCUCAGCGGUGUCGAGCAGAACAUCAGUGACCAGGCCUCGCGGCUACAGGCGAGCAAUGGCACGCUGGGCGGUGGAGCCCAAGACGAUAGGGUUAUGGAGCUGUAUCAUGUGCUGAGGGACUUUGAAGAGAGUAUCGUGCAGGUUGCCACGGUUGUGGGCGCUGCCAGGGAGGGCGUCACGGAGCUACAGAUCAACGAUUUCAGAGGGAAGGGCAUGAUUGGCUCAUAUUAGAUAGAGGAUUGGAAGCUUGGAAUGGAAUUGCAAGUAGGUAGAGGGCGCAGAGGCGUAUACCCAGGGUAUCAGUAUCAACGAAGUAAUGAAGAAAAAAAGAAGCCUCCCCAAUGCAAGUGGGAAAGAAAGUCAAACCAAAGAAGAAGAAGAAAAAAUCAAGGUUACCCGCUC